AUGGCAUUGUCCUUGCUACAAGAACAACAAUUAGCACGAGGAAUUUCAGUCAGACCAUUAGCAACAAUGAAACACGAAGAUGACCGUAGUUUGUCUCCGCCAAUGAAUCAACAUCAAAAUAUCUUUUCGGGAUUGCAUCCUGCCACAGCUUCUGCCAUGGGAAUGUUGGCGCCUCAACUUUUCUCAGGAAAUCCCGCGGCAACAGCUGCUCUCAUGGCUGCCGGGCUUCCAAUGUCGCUGCGAGCGAGUCUUGCUGGCGGUUUGUUUCCGCAUCAUCCAGCGCUUUUCGGAGCUUGGGGACCUCCGCCAUCGAGUUGCAGCUCACCCCCAAAGAGCCCAAUUUCUCCAGUUUACGGCAUGAAGGAACGCAAAUACACAAACAACAACAAUCAUAUUGUCUCGACGACAUCUGACAUCAAAAAAUCAUCGAAACGUAAGCCAUUCGCGAAGAAAGAAAUCAACACCGUUAGUUUAAAGAAGGAAUUACUUUCGCCGCCAUCCACGGAUGUCUCGAUGAAUCACGACAUGAUGAGUCCUGGCAUGAUUUCACCUCCGAAUUCAGGUUCGUCUCCCAAUUCCACGGGAUCCAUUGAUGUCCCAACGACGAUUGUUUCUGCCAGCACUACCAAAGACUCGUCCCGCGACAAAGUUUUCACCUGUAAAAUCUGCAGUAGAAGUUUCGGUUAUAAACAUGUCUUGCAAAAUCACGAAAGAACACAUACCGGCGAGAAACCCUUCGAAUGCCCCGAAUGUCAUAAGCGCUUUACGCGAGAUCAUCACUUGAAAACUCACAUGCGACUUCAUACGGGCGAGAAACCUUACUCCUGCUCACACUGCGAUCGCCAAUUUGUCCAGGUGGCAAAUUUGAGACGUCAUUUGCGUGUCCAUACCGGCGAAAGACCCUACACUUGUGACAUUUGCAACGCCCGUUUCAGCGAUAGCAACCAAUUGAAAGCCCAUUCCAUCGCGCAUACCGGCGAAAAGCCAUUCAGUUGCAAUCGGUGCGGAAGUCGUUAUCGCCGAAAACACUUGCUCGAUAACCACAAAUGCGACAACAAUAGCAGCAUUUCCGCCACGAGCCCAUUGACACCCAUGAUGAGCCCGAACAUGUACAUGAGCGACGUCAAAUCCGAAUUUAGCGAAGACUCGUUAGACUUGAGCAAAAUCUCGUCCAUCAGCAAAUCGACGCCCUUCAAUCAAUCCAUGCGGUACACCGACGACAGUCACGGCGACAUCGUUGAACGACGCAACCGAAAAGCCACGGAGGUGCGACACGUUGUGAGGAUCCCGCAAAUUAUGCACAUGCCAAGUAUGCUGCCCGAACAAACGGAACCCGAAGACUUGAGUAUGCAUUCGCCACGAUCGCCAAUCACGUCGCCCGUCUCCAUGGAAGAGCUCGAAGAGUUAGAUGAUGCCGCCGCAUUGUACAUGAAACAACGGAUGCAAAAGCUGCAAAACGGUAUGGAAUCAUAA